CCAGCACCUCUGUUGUUGCAGGCCAUUUACGAUGACUACAAAAUGCGGCGGGAAGGCCUCCUGCUGGCCCUCAUAGACGAUUCCAAGGAGCUGUGGGCGGCAUGCAGCCCGGAGCGGGACAACAUGUGCCUGUACGGCCACUCUGACGGCAACUGGUCUGUGGACCUGCCGGUGGAGGAGGUGCCGCCAGAGCUGCCAGAGCCGGUGCUGGGCAUCAACUUUGCGCGCGACGGCAUGGAGCGCAAGGACUGGCUGGCGCUGUGCGCGGUGCACAGCGACGCCUGGCUCAUGAGCCUGCUCUUCUUCUACGCCGCGCGCUUUGACGCCGACGGCCGCGCCGAGCUCUUCUCCCUGGUCAAUCAGCACCCCACGGUGUACGAGGUGGUGACGGGGCGCGUGGCGCGCAACAAG